AUGGUUAAGCCCGCUAACCGAGACAUCAUACAACAGCGUCGACAUCCUCGCCUCGCGUCUGGUCUUCGCCGAGGAGAGCGGUGCGAAAAGCAGCAACAUCGACAGCGUCGUGCUAGUAGACCAUGCUAUCAUUUAAGCUGGGGCUGGGAGGCGCUGCACGAAGAAGACCUUGGCGAAUUCUUCAGCUACUUCCACUACGCUAAGAGCGCCGAGAGCGAAGUCUCCAACGCCAUCACACGCAAAAAGAGACCCUCGGCCGAGACGGACAGGCUGAGUGUGCAUCUAGGAGCAGUCGGCUCUGCCGACACGGUCAUGAAAUCGGGGGUCGAUCGUGACAUCAUUGCAGCACGAUACCAGCUUGUCGCCCUCGAGAUGGAGGCUGCAGGCAUGUGGGAAGAGCUUCCUUGCAUCGUGGUAAAAGGCGUCUGCGACUACGCCGACAGCCACAAAGCCAAAGGGUGGCAGCCUUUCGCAGCUGCCUCGGCAGCGGCAGUCACGAAAGCGCUCCUGAGCACGAUCCAGGCAAGCGACCCGCAGCAGCGCGUGCGCAGAUACAACAGCGGUCGCGAUGGCGAGCUCUUCGAUGGCCUGGAUGGCACAGCCCUGCUGGGGAAAGCUUCCAUGAUCCCAGCCAAGCAUCGCGAGAUUGUGCGGGAGAAUCUUCUCUCGUGGCUCACGCCCCUGGAUUUUCGGUUGAAGCAUGCGGAGAUCCGAGAAAAGGCAGGCCUGGACAUGCACGACCCAGCGCUCAUGAAGGAGGCAGCCACAGUACUGCACACGCCGAGACAUCCGACCGCUACAGCGGCAAGUGGCUAUGGGAGUCGGCGUCCCUAUCUGCUUGGGUUGGUCAAGAGACGUGAGAGAUAUGGUACAGCGGGUUGCUCCCGAUCGUCUCUCCGUGGUUCUCGAGCUUCAGGUAUAGCCAAGGAGCUUCUUCCUCUUGUGCGCCCUUCCCAUAUCGAGGACAGUGGUGUUUCACUACUGGUCACAUCCAAGAUUUGGAGUGGAUACGAACAACCAUCCAAGGGUUUUCAUCGGGAGCAAAUCACAACAGGCCAUGAUGAUCUUCACCUCUUCGUGGACCGGAAAUUGGCCGAGAACGAAAAUGUGCAAGUACUUAUAGACGAAGACCCUGCUAUCAGGGACAAAGUCAGAAGUCUGAUCACCUGGAAAAGCUACGCAGUACUGUCCAAGCGCCUCGUUGGUGAAAAGGACAAGAACAUCGAUUCGCAGCGAGCCUACCGCUGUUUAGCCUGGACUGUGAUGAGCGCACGCGAGUUCACCACAGAGGAGUUUUUCGCUGCUCUUUCUUGUGACCCGGUGACGAAGGGCAUGGCUCUUGAUGACCGCACUCGCAUGCAGACCACGAUCCGCGACAUAUCAUGCGGCCUAAUUACUCUCCAGCAAGGCGACCUGGACACCUCAGCAGCUGAGCGCGCGAUGGUAUUCCGUGGAGACGGUUUCCAGUUGCCAAGCGCUCUCAAGAACUACUACGACCUUGAGUCAGACGGUCUGCAGGAUUUGGAUGAUCUCUUGUAUGAGAUCGCAAGGGUCUUGGAGCUCGAAACGUACGACGCACUUCUCGAUCAAGACAAUGGGGGCGAUGCAGAAACCCAGGCUCAACCGUCCGCAGGACCCCUCAGCGUCGCACAGAGACUGCAAGCCGGGCCCUCGACCGCAUCAGAGAUCGCCAAAGACCUUCAGAAAGUCAUACUCCGCAGCACGAAAGCCUCUGCACCACUCCCCAAGCCCCACACCAACGCAACGCACAUCAUCAGUUGGUAUGGCUACAUCCCAGUCCUCAGACAUUUCCUCGGAUCCAGUCGCGAUGUCAACUCCAUUGACGAGUUCUUUCGUCAGCCCAUCGCUGUAGCCUUCCAGCGCGAUCAUAUGGACGUGGUGAGCGUCUGCCUUGACUACGGUGCAGAACUAGACAUCACGUCCCCCGCGGGCCGUCAAAUCCUGCUCAAGGCAAUACAUCGGGAUGGCACGCCCAGGACGCUCGUGCGGUCGAUGGUCAACCGCAACCAUGAGCGAUUGAACUUUAUCCACGAGAGCAGCAGGCGCGGAACCACCAACCUCGCGGGCCUGUCAGAGUUUGUCAUGGUCUUUCCAAUGUUUCUCGCUUGUCUGUUCUUUGUCUCCGCCGGAUUGUCGCGGCAGCCAUCGCUCCAGAGCACGGCGCGUGUCCAGCGAGUAGGGGAGGGCGCAAUGCGGAUAUAUCGCAAGCUGCGGUCGGACAACCUCCUCGCAGCUGUAGAACGCGAUGAAGCGGAAAAGGUCUUGCGCAUGAGCCAGAAGGGCGAGUGGGAUGUCAAGGACAAGACUUUUGGGCUUGGAAGGCCAUCGGCGUUCCUGGCUGUGGAGCUGGGUAAUCACAAGACAGUGACUACUCUGAUUCAAGCGGGAGUGGACGUCAAUGUACAGGACGACGAGGGCAACACGCCUCUGAUCAGAACUGCAGCCAAGAAGGACCUGGCAUUGGUCAAAGACUUGCUGCAGCGGGGCGCAGACGUUCACGUCAAGAACAGAAACGGACAGACGGCCUGGUCCGUCAAGUUGAACCCCGACAACAAGCUAGUGCUCGACGAGCUCGAGCUCCAUGGCGCCACUGACCCAAUGGCCGUGGGCAGCGACGGCUUGCCAUUGCUGUAUCCACACGCAGCCAGCGACAAAGGUCUGAACGCAUCGCACACAACGAGAUAUUACUGGGCACCGCUCCACUGGACCGCCAAUGGCGGACACGUCGAGUGCGUCGAGGCUCUCCUGCGAGCGGGUGCUGACCCUUCGCCAGUAUCGGACACGAAUGAGACGCCACUGGAAAUGGCCAUGCGCGCCAAUCAACUAGCCGUCGUGGACAUUCUGCGAGCAGCAGGGGCUCUCACUGCUGCUGAGCAUUAUGGAAGACAAGGGGACUCGUCAUUCUCCAGGUGGAACCGGUAUUCAUCCAACUCCAGCUCCAGCUCCAUUUUUAGUUCUGAGGCGGAAGAUGAUGAUUAUGAUGAAGAUGAGCUUGAAAGGCAAUUGAAAAUGGAACUAGAAGAAGAGGAGGAGGAGGAGGAAGAUGACCUCGAUCCUGACACGCCAGAGGACGACUCUGCCGAAUCUGACGAGGCAUGUUCUACUCAGGAAUCCGACUCUGAAAAGGAGAGCCUCGACUACGUCGAUGGAUUGGGCAUGGCGCUGCUAAGGCUUGAAGAAUCCGCAAUGUUUCCAGACGAGACAAAGAGAUCGAUGGUGUCUUUUUUGAUGAGGGAGGUUGGUACGGUGGUUGGGGAGCUCUACGCACUCUUUGACUCGCAGGACACGCCCCAGGUAACGGAGGCAGCUGUGGAACGCUGGAACGAGAUCAUCGGUGGCAUUGCUCUCCGGCCAACCAUCAAGGCUCUCCUGGAAGGCGAGCAUUGA